CAGGACUCAGUGGGCGCCGGACCUGAGUGAGCUGAGCUGAGCUGAGCGCGAUCUGAGACGAUCUGAGAGCCAUGGGGGAUGCCCCGAGUCCUGAAGAGAAGCUGCAUCUGAUCACCCGGAACUUACAGGAGGUUCUAGGAGAAGAGAAGCUGAAAGAGAUACUGAAGGAACGAGAACUAAAAAUUUACUGGGGAACAGCAACCACAGGCAAGCCUCAUGUGGCUUACUUUGUGCCUAUGUCCAAGAUUGCAGACUUCCUGAAAGCAGGAUGUGAGGUAACCAUUCUGUUUGCGGACCUUCAUGCCUACCUGGAUAACAUGAAAGCCCCAUGGGAACUUCUAGAACUCCGAACCAACUACUAUGAGAAUGUGAUUAAGGCAAUGCUGGAGAGCAUAGGUGUACCCUUGGAGAAGCUCAGGUUUAUCAAAGGCACCGAUUACCAGCUCAGCAAAGAAUACACCCUAGAUGUGUACAGACUCUCCUCCGUGGUCACACAACAUGAUGCCAAGAAAGCUGGAGCUGAAGUGGUCAAGCAGGUGGAACACCCUCUGCUGAGUGGUCUACUGUACCCUGGACUACAGGCCUUGGAUGAAGAGUAUUUGAAAGUAGAUGCCCAAUUUGGAGGUGUGGAUCAACGAAAAAUUUUCACCUUUGCAGAGAAGUAUCUCCCUGCACUUGGAUACUCAAAACGGGUCCAUCUAAUGAAUCCUAUGGUUCCUGGAUUAACUGGAAGCAAAAUGAGCUCGUCAGAAGAGGAGUCCAAGAUUGAUCUCCUGGAUCGGAAGGAGGAUGUGAAGAAAAAACUAAAGAAGGCCUUUUGUGAACCAGGGAACGUGGAGAACAAUGGGGUUCUGUCCUUCAUCAAGCACGUGCUCUUUCCCCUUAAGUCUGAGUUUGUGAUCCUUAGAGAUGAGAAGUGGGGUGGAAAUAAAACCUACACAGCUUACUUGGACCUGGAAAAAGACUUUGCUGCUGAGAUUGUUCAUCCCGGGGAUCUGAAGAAUUCCGUUGAAGUUGCCCUGAACAAGUUGCUGGAUCCCAUCCGAGAAAAGUUUAAUACCCCUGCCCUGAAGAAACUGGCCAAUGCUGCCUACCCAGAACCUUCAAAGCAGAAACCAGCUGCCAAAGGCCCUGCCAAGAAUUCAGAACCAGAAGAGGCCAUCCCAUCCCGGCUAGACAUCCGUGUGGGGAAAAUCCUGAGUGUGGAAAAGCACCCUGAUGCAGACAGCCUGUAUGUGGAGAAGAUCGAUGUAGGAGAAGCCGAGCCCCGGACUGUAGUGAGCGGCCUGGUGCAGUUUGUACCCCAGGAGGAGUUGCAGGACAGGCUGGUGGUGGUUCUCUGCAACCUGAAGCCACAGAAGAUGAGAGGAGUCGAGUCCCAAGGCAUGCUCCUAUGUGCAUCUAUAGAAGGAGCAAGCCGCAUGGUUGAACCCCUGGACCCUCCCGCUGGCUCUGCUCCUGGCGAGAAAGUAUUUGUGAAGGGCUAUGAGAAGGGCCAGCCAGACGAGGAGCUCAAGCCCAAGAAGAAAAUCUUUGAGAAGCUGCAGACUGACUUUAAAAUUUCUGAGGAAUGUAUCGCACAAUGGAAACAGACCGACUUCAUGACCAAGCUGGGGUGCGUCUCCUGCAAAUCUCUGAAAGGAGGGAACAUUAGCUAGCCAGCCCAGCACCACCUCCUCCCAAAAUCCCUGUCAUCUGCUUGUCUCAAGGCCGUACCCGUCUCUUCCCUCCCAGGACAUUGAAGCAGGAAUGUGGGGCUUGAUUGUCGCCAAAUUCCAUUAAGGGUGGCUCACCUUCCCAGAAGCCAGGCCAUGUGGCCUCCUUGUACUUGCAAAGGGGCAGACUCUGCUCUGCCGUCCUCCCUUGGCAGUGAACUUGAAAAUCUGGUCUCAAUAGAACUUAGGGGAAAACUUUGCCACAAGCCUUCUACUGGGAAAAAUUUUGGUUUCCAGGUUUUUCCUAAAGUUGUUCCAGCAGCUGUGCCUCUGGCUGGGAUCUAAGGCCUGAAUUGGACUAAUUACAGCUUCUCCCCAACAGGAAAUUGUGGGAUUUGGAAAGGGAAGGGAAAACAGAAAACCUAUGGUUUACCAAGUGGUUGGCAGCUUCCCCACAGCCCACCAGCCCUGAGGCUUGGCACUGGGGGCAGGGCCUGCCUGAGAGACUCAGUUAUUUCCCCUGAUCCUACUAGGUUGACUCAGGAACCAGUUGUGUGCUGUUCUAAUCAGGCAGCCUGUGGGCAAUACAGGGUCUGAGCUUUCUUCAGAGAGGGCGGGUACUUCUCCAUAAGGCAACUCAGAAUCACGAACCAUUUCUCUCAUGAGUUUAAAUAAAAUACCUGAACAAA